AUGCGACGAGUGGCUUCAGUAGGUUCAUCCAUAGUAUGGACAAGACACAUUACGUAUCGAUACAACUCAACCCUAGCAAUAUCAGUACCAUCAAGUGAACAUAUACUUCAUAACGUGUACAAACAACGUGCAGACAAUGGCGAGGUCACGUAUGACCCAGUUCAAGUGCGUGCUGUGCAUUAUUUAGACGCUUUAUACGAUGAAAUUAUACGUUAUGGAGGUCCAAAGACUACUGUAUGGACUACAAAUUCAUCGCCAUCAUCAUGGUGGCGCAAGUUUAUAAUUCGCAAAGAGAAGGAUCACGCCAUCAGUCCCAAGUCAAUCAUGAAUGGACCCAAGGGACUAUAUCUCUAUGGUGGUGUCGGCUGUGGCAAGACGUAUGUAAUGGACAUGUUCUUUGAUCUUGUACCAGUGACAGAGAAACUUCGUGUGCAUUUUCAUGCAUUUAUGCUGGAUAUUCACAAGCGAAUGCAUGAAUUACGACGACAAGGUCAUCAUGGGGAUCCAAUUCCACAGAUUGCAGAUCACUUACUGAUGGAUAGUUGGUUAUUAUGUUUUGAUGAGUUUCAAGUGACGGAUGUAGCAGAUGCACUGAUAUUGCGACGACUUUUUUCAGCCAUGUUAGAACGAGGUUUUGUUAUGGUAGCGACGUCAAAUCGACCACCUCGUGAUUUGUACAAGAAUGGACUACAACGAGAGCUGUUUGUGCCCUUCAUUGACCUGCUUGUAGAACGCUGUAAUGUCGUAUCGUUGGAAGAAUCGACAAUUGAUUAUCGAGUGCUAAAGAGUGCUACGCAAGCUGCUAAUGUGUACGAGUGCUUGAUCACUAAGGACACGCGUGCGGCGUUUGACUAUGAAUUUAAAACCUUCUGCGGUGGAGAAGAGACUGUAAGCACCCAUGUAAUGACGCAAGGACGUAAAGUACACAUUCCAGAGGCUGCAGUGAAAGCUGGUGCAUGUCGCUUUUCAUUCAAUGAUUUGUGCGAUGAACCUCUGGGAGCAGCUGAUUACUUGGCGAUUGCUGAAGCUUUCUCGGUCGUUUUCGUAAGCGAUAUACCUUUACUCAAUGCCGAGCGGCUAAAUCAGGUGCGGCGUUUUAUCACAUUUGUCGACUGUAUGUACGAUCAGGGUGUGCGGUUACAUUGUCUUGCACCAGAAAGCCCCGAGCAUCUCUACCAAGUCGACACUGGCACGAAGUCGCACGUUGACGAAGUCUUUGCAUUCGAUCGCACGGUUUCUCGCUUGCUUGAGAUGGGAAGCGAGGCGUAUCUGUUGGCACAUAGCGAUCGACAGGACAAACUGCGCAUUCAGCCUCAUGAGCAUUUGUUUUUAGCUCCUAGCACCGCUGAAACUGUGAAUGAGUCUGAGAGCAUUGGAGAAGAGGAUGAGCAUUAUGAGGAAGCUGCAAGUGCAGGAAAUCGUAUAGACAUCGGUGCUUUUUGCACGCUUUAUGAUCUACCAGAGCUUCGUCGCUGUCUAAUUGGCUUGGAACGUAGGGACAUGGCCAUGGUUGUGGUCAAGCCGAACAAACUACCGGCUUUGCGUUUGAUGGCGUCUUUGUCCAUGCGUUAA